UUCGGCGAGCCGCCUCGGAUUGGGAGCGAGGCUCCCCGAGCCCGUCCAGUGGCCAAGCGGCGCCUGCGGAGCGGAGGCGCGCGGAGGGCGCGGGGCUGCGAUUGGCGGGGACGCGCGCCGGCGGGAUGGCGGCGGCGGGGCUGUGCGGCGCCGACUUCUCGGACCUGCGGGAGAUCAAGAAGCAGCUGCUGAGCGUGGCCGAGCGCAGCCGCGAGCGCGGCCUGCAGCACAGCGGCAAGUGGGCCUCCGAGCUGGCCUUCGCCCUGGAGCCGCUGCCGCUGAGCGAGCUGCCGCCGCCGCCUGCGCUCACGGAGGAGGAUGCUCGUGAUCUGGAUGCCUAUACAUUAGCCAAGUCCUACUUUGAUCUAAAGGAAUAUGAUAGGGCUGCAUAUUUUCUUCGGGGCUGCAAGAGUCAGAAAGCUUACUUCUUGUAUAUGUAUUCUAGAUACCUGUCAGGAGAAAAGAAGAAGGAUGAUGAGACAGUGGAUAGUUUGGGACCACUGGAAAAAGGACAGGUGAAAAAUGAAGCUCUACGAGAACUGAGAGUUGAGCUCAGCAAGAAGCACAAAGCACGGGAACUGGAUGGGUUUGGCCUUUACCUGUAUGGUGUUGUGUUGCGGAAGCUGGACCUGGUUAAAGAAGCAAUAGAUGUUUUCGUUGAAGCUGCUCAUGUCUUACCUUUGCACUGGGGUGCCUGGCUGGAACUUUGCAACUUGAUUACAGAUAAAGAGAUGUUGAAGUUCCUGUCCCUGCCAGAUACAUGGAUGAAAGAAUUCUUUCUUGCACACAUUUAUACAGAGCUGCAGCUGAUAGAGGAGGCUCUGCAGAAGUAUCAGAGUCUCAUUGAUGCAGGAUUUUCCAAAAGCACCUACAUCAUCUCUCAGAUUGCAGUUGCCUACCACAAUAUCCGAGAUAUUGACAAAGCUUUAUCCAUCUUUAAUGAGCUAAGGAAACAAGAUCCUUACAGGAUAGAAAACAUGGACACUUUCUCCAACUUGCUGUAUGUCAGGAGCAUGAAGCCUGAGUUGAGCUACCUGGCUCACAAUCUCUGUGAGAUAGACAAGUAUCGUGUUGAGACCUGCUGUGUAAUUGGAAAUUAUUAUAGCUUACGUAGCCAGCAUGAAAAAGCAGCACUCUAUUUCCAGAGGGCCUUGAAACUGAAUCCUCGUUAUCUGGGAGCUUGGACACUUAUGGGACAUGAAUACAUGGAAAUGAAGAACACAUCUGCAGCUAUCCAGGCUUAUAGACAUGCCAUAGAGGUGAAUAAAAGGGAUUACAGAGCCUGGUAUGGCUUGGGGCAAACCUACGAAAUCCUCAAAAUGCCAUUUUACUGUCUCUAUUAUUACCGACGGGCCCACCAGCUCAGACCUAAUGAUUCUCGUAUGCUGGUUGCUCUAGGAGAAUGCUAUGAGAAACUUAAUCAGUUGGUGGAAGCUAAAAAGUGCUAUUGGAGAGCUUAUGCUGUGGGAGAUGUGGAGAAAAUGGCAUUGGUGAAACUAGCAAAGCUGCAUGAACAGCUGAAUGAAUCUGAACAGGCUGCUCAGUGCUAUAUCAAAUACAUUCAGGAUAUCUAUUCCUGUGGGGAGAUAGUGGAGCACCUGGAGGUCAGCACUGCCUUCCGUUACCUUGCCCAAUACUAUUUCAAGUGUAAGCUCUGGGAUGAAGCCUCAGCUUGUGCUCAGAAAUGCUGUGCAUUCAAUGAUACUAGAGAAGAAGGAAAGGCCCUUCUGCGACAAAUCUUACAGCUUCGCAACCAAGGAGAGACCUCAUCCACAGAAAUUGCCGCUCCCUUUUUCCUCCCUGCAUCAUUGUCAGCUAAUAGCACUCCCACACGUCGUGUCUCCCCACUCAAUCUGUCUUCUGUUACACCUUGAACAAUGCUGAUACCUCUAACUUGUGCAUUGAAUGUGAUGUUGCAGAUGGGGUUUGCAACCACAUAGUUCUUUCCGGUGAAAUUUUUACAUUCAACGUUGCCUUCACGUGAAGGGUUAGGAGUUACCAGAGUCCACAGCUGAAGAAAGAUGUGUCCAAACAGGCAAAGGUGCAGCCUACAUGAAAGUGCCUAUGCUGAGAUGUGAGCAUCUGCCGUACUUCUCACAAAGUCAUUCCAGUCAGUGGGCAGAUGUGUUCUAAUAUACUGGACUACUAACUGAGGGACUGGGAAGAAAUUGUCUGCUUGAGUUAAAAUGUAUUAGAAGUUUGACUGCGCCCUGUUAACUCUGGUCUUUACUGAACUUCUUUGGAUGACCUCUUAGUGGUAUUGUUGCUGCGUACAUCAGAAACUGUUACCUGCCUGGCUGCUUAAGAACUUUUGCCUGUCUCAAACUACACAGAAGUUCCACUAAAGUGUUAUGAGGCACUUAGAUAUAGUUGGCAUUUCUAUGUUGAAGGACUGAAGUGUCAGGAAUCUCAAGUAGCCACAAGUGACAGCUGUUUGUUCUAUCUGUGAUUUUUGACAGAUAUUUUGACUUUGAAAAGAAAGAUAGCCAGUGGGAUAGCACAAUUAAAAAAAAAAAAAAAACAAAUGAUUCAGCUACUGUCGUUGGGCUUUUUUGUGAUGUAGAUUUGAUGGGUACUGUAGCAAAUUAAAUUGGAUGAACCAUCAUUUUAGGACUGUCAAAUGUGGUGGAUGAUGUGAUGUGGGGGGUUCCUUUCUUCCAAGUCUGCUGAAUACCAGGGUAAUGCUUGUCCCUCUUCAUGCAUCCAGCCAAUGGUAAGGCUAAGUGAUUUUCAAAGAUGUAUGCACAUGCCCAUGUAGUACAGAUAUGACCGUAACCGAAUGGUUUAAAGCCAAUAAGAGGAUAGUGCCUUUAGAGAUGCACUUGCUUAAGACACAAACCAUAGAAAUGGCCCGAUCCUCUUCCUACUUGCUGGUUUAUCAAUUUGCUAGUGGAACAUACAUAUUUGCUUUCAGUGUCUCAUGCACAUUCUCUGUUCUCUUCAGUCCCCAGCCAAGACCUUAGGUGUCUUCAGUAUCCGUAUCUAGACCUUUAAGCUCUCAACCCUGGAACUAGGAUCUCUACAGAUUUUGUUUUUCUCCAACUUGCCAGCUAGUCCCACUUGAGAUUGCUGUUGGAAUUAUUGCACACACAUGCACACAAAUGCAUCCAGUGCAGAAGACAGGUUGCCCUAGGGUUUAGUAAGUGUAGAACACUGUGGUGAUGGGAUGCAAGGCUCAGUUAGACAAAGCUUACUGAUCAGCAGCCUGCUUGCUUGCAGUUGUUAGCUUCUCCCCAUUCCCAACACAGUUACUCCCUUCCAUUUUCCCAUACUUGUUGCUUCCUCGCCUAUCUUCACCCCCCUCACUUGAUCUGUGGUUGUUCCCCUAGACAUUCUAUGAUACAUUUUAUGUGGUCCUGCAAUCCCCUUCAGACAUCUUAACAUAAAUUUGCUCUUGCCUGUGAGACCCUUCCUGAUAACUGAAACCAGUCUUACUGGUUACAAAGCUCCUGAUUGAAUCUCUUCAGAGUUACGCUUUGGUGGUUCCUUUAAUGGCCAAUCGACCUAUGUCUUAGAGUGCUAGCCAUGAUUAUCUGUCAGUAGGCUUUUAAAUAUGUGUGCAUCUUUUGCUGCAUUUCAUGUUUAUUGUCCUGUCUUUUACACUCAGUAGCUGUAACACAGAUAUCCUUACACGUGUAUGUGGUUUGUUCACACUUUCACUAAUGUAACGAAGGAUAGAAGUUAAUAACCCUGCUGACUUUGACUUGAAUCGUCUUGCUCAUUGACAGUUAGUACCCUUCAAAAACAGUGUUUGUGUUUUACCUGCAUGGGAGGAAUGUCAUGUUGCUUUGAGAAGUGAAGAACAACCAACAGUUCAGGGUAUCAGUUUGAUUGAUGACCUUGAACGACUUCAGCUGAAUCUUUCAGUUCUAUUCAGUUUCACCUUGUAAACUUGAUAUGACCUGGAGGUAUUUUUAAAAGUACUUGAGACUUGUGCACAUUUUUGACUAUGAAUAUAUGUUAUGAAUAAUCUGCAAAUGUUCUUUUUCCUUGCUAAACAGGCUCCAGUUUCCUCAGGGCUAUCCAACAGUGCAGUCUCCAAUGUAUUUUGUAAUUGUUUGAAGAUUUCCUUACAAGGAAAUAUUCCCAAGUUUCAACUGACUGUCUUUUAAUGAGGAUUGUCCAAUCUCUGGUGCUUACAAAGGUCCUGCAUUAAAUUCAUUGUCUGGUUGUCACUGUGGGAGUCUGCCUAUAAGGAUUAAUUUACAGACACCAGAUCUGAAUACUAGAAUUGCACUGAGCUGAUACGAUGCUUGCUGAGUUUCCAGAAGGCUUUCAACACCAGGAAGAUCAGUAAUCUUGGUUUCUCUUGAUGCGGAGGAUAUUUCUUCCAGAUCCAUGUAUUUUAAAUACUUACUUACAAAAGGUGCUGUAGAGUUGGGGAAUUAAUGUCUAAGUUUGGUUGUGAGGAUACUAAACAGCCCAGGAAGAACUGAACUCAUCAUUUUGUCUCCCUUAUCCCCAACAGAGAUAAUGGCACUUAUUGCCAAGUUCAGAAACUUGUAUUUGGUGAAAAUGUUCUGAUUGGUAAGUCUGCUAUGCUAUGCCAGUUCUGGAAAUAUGAAAAUCCUUGGUGAUAAUCACAUUAGUUGUGCAAGGUGGGAGUGGUUCUUUAAAAAUAAGGCAUAAACUACACAUAGGUAGAGGUUACUGUCUUAAGCCUGAAAAUUCAAUGGGACUUCCUUGUUUUGGAAUAUGGCCUAUUGGUAUGUUUAGAAUACCAAGCCAGUCUACUAGUUUUCUAGUAUAAUACAUAGCAUUAAAGCGUCCAAGUUGCAAACAUUGGUGACAUAAGGAAAAUCAGUAGUUUCUAGCAACAAUUAAUGAUCAGUUCUUGUGCCACCUAAACAGCAAGUUUAAUGUACGUUACACAACUCAUGCAGCAGAACAAAUGUGCUAGUUCUGUCUUUCCCUUCUGGUAAAAGAAAUAAGCUUUAUAUUUAUCAUAAACAAUUAUUACCUUGGAAAGUAUUAUAAUACAGGAGGCAUUGAAGAGCAACUUUCAAACUCUACAUGCUUUUGAGGAAUGAUCGUGAUUAUGUAGAGCUACUACUGUUUGUUUCUUGAUACUUUGUGAGCAUCUGCAUGGAAAUAUUUGCAUUUUAUUCUGUUACUAUAUUCAUAGAUCUCUAAAGGAGAUACUGGUUUUUAACAUCAGUCACAUCUACAACUUAAAGUCAUGCAUCAUAGGAUUGCAUUUUGGAAAUAAACUGGUUUCUAAAUA